AUGGGGAAACAAAUUCUACAACUUGAACUAACGAACUUAAGCUUCUUGGUGACCGAAGAAGAACUUAAAGAGGCCUUUUCAAAAUGCGAUAACCUUACAGAUAUCAAAAUUCACAAAAACUCCGUUGGAUUAUCGAAAGGAAGAGGAACAAUUAAAUUUUCCAAAAUCAGUUCAGCAAAACAAGCUCUGAAUACGGUAAAUAAUCUAAAAUUAAAAGGAAGACAAGUAAAAGGUAAUUUAUUUGUUAUUCAAAAACCACAACCUCCUAAAUCAACAUCAACUGCUAAUCUAAAUGCUCAAAAUCUACCUCCUCCGAUGUUAAGGCCGUCACCUCCUCCACAAAACCAGUCUAGAAUUUCUCCACCUCCAUUACCAUCUCAGCAGAGGUUCCCACGCGAAAGAUCGAGAUCUCCUUUGUAUCAAAUGUUAGAUGACAGAGUUAGAGGUGACUCCCCACGUAGACGCGAAAGAGAUUACAGAGACCCAUAUCGUAGGGAGAUUGAUGAUAGAGAUUUUCGAGAUAGAGAUGACCGCCUAAGGCCAUCAAGAGAUAGAGAUGAUGAUCGUGAUAGGCGUCAUGAUAGAAGAUAA